UUUGAAGGUUGUGGCGUCACUUUUGUAUCUUAAGCAUCUGAACUGUGUGGUGAGGGUACUGUUGUGUCCGUCGGUUUACUUUUCGCUUAUUUACCUGUUUGGUUGGUGUGAAAUUAUUGUUUUGCACAAACACUCGAGCACGAUCGUGCUAUUUACAGUUCAUUGUCAGUGUAUGUAUCAGUUAUUAACCUUCGUACAUGAAGUGAUUAUAUAUUAGAUUCCACCAUAGCUAUUAGAAGAGUUCUACUGCAGGCUAUUGUCCAUCGGUGUUAGAAUUGCAUAGAAAAAUGGGAUUUAUUGUCCUUUUAACUAAUAUUUACCAUACACACUAGUGAUCUCCAAACUUCUUCCAAUAGUUGGUUCGGGACUGAAUUAAUUCUGAAAAACAGCUGUUUUCAUAGGAGUGAAUUCAUGCGCCACAGUUGCCUAAUUCCGGAAAUCCGUUUUAAACCUGUACUUGAGGAGAGUUAACAGCGUUACCAACAGUGUAAACCUGUUUUAGUCGAGUUGUAUUUCUGAUGUUCUCGGUCAUCCCAUUUCUCACCACGUGGUUUAGCAAUCGUAAUGCAGUUGGUAUUUGGAUGUAUAAUUCCAAACGCACACUUGCCGUUCACUGAACUUACAUCAUGUUAAAAUUUUGUGAACAAUUUAUCGGAGCCUAAUAAUUGUCCUGUUGAAUGUAUGCUAAUCCUUUCGUUGACCAGCUACCUCAGUAGUUUACUGAUUCAAAACCCCCUUCAGAUGGCAACAUAACAGCCAGACGGCAUUGUAGGCUCAUGGGUGUUGUUGACCUCCAGGCACCAUGUUACUUAGUUCUGUACAUACAGAACUAGGGCACAUAAAUUCUCACUCCCUAAAUUCAAUCCAUGUGUUCCACACUCAAGUGAUAAAAAUGAGCCUCAACGAUGACUGUCAUAAACGUAGACAAGCGUGGCUUAUAGCCCAAACAUCAUUGUUAUUUUGUGUAGGUGCACCUGAGUCAGAAGACUAAAAAUAAGCAUUUUCAAAAUAUCUACAGUUUGCAUGGACCAACUCUAGCCCAUUGCAACAAACCGCAACACAUAAAAACACACUUGUUGUGCUUGAUUGUAGAGAAAAUCAUGACCUUGACUGCUGGAGUAUGUUCAGUCGGUCAGUGUCAGCAUGGGACAGCAUUACGGUUUAACGGCCCAUCUUGCUACACCCUGUAUCAUCAUACCAAGCGAGAAUGAAAUAAGGAAGAAAGCAGUUGUGUUAGUCGCGAAAAGACAACUAGGUGGAAUGAGAUAAUUAUGAAAUUUGGUAUUGGAGAAUAUAAAAGUCAAUUGUGAGGUCUUACCAACUCAGUUAGCUAGGAUACGUUUCACGCAUGCUUUGUCCUCCCUUGCCUCAUCUCAUGUUGGCUAAAGUAAAUUCAGGUUGAAAAAGGUUAAUGAUGGUUUGAUUAAAAUAUGGUAGCAGCCCGCGAAUCCUCCGACUUUUGGUUCGAGCCCUGUUACGAAAUGUAGAAUUCAUAGACGAAACCUGUGUGACGACAGAAACCAGUGACUCAUGACCCUAGGUGAUUUUUAGAAUCCGUACACAAGGUUCAGAUGUUUCAACACAUAGUCAUCUUAGUCUACAUACUAAAUUCGUCCCCAGCUAUUAUUGUCUCCUGCUGUCCAGUCAUAACCUGAUUGGGAAUUUCGGAUAGGUCGUCUUACUAACAGGAGUUAAUAAAACUGUAAAUAGCCUAGAAAAGGAAGGGCAGCAGACGCCAGUGGGGUCGUACCACAGGUGUUUAAGGACUUUGGUCAGGUAUUAUUGGCUAAGGUAAGUGAAGUGUUAACUAUCCAAUGGAAAUUAGAUAUGAGCUCCUUUAGCUUAUUUUAUUGAUGAGGAAGUUUACUAAUUGAUCAUACUGAUGUUGGUCGGCGAAAUUUAGUCUAUCUGAGCAGUUCGGCUCCUUAGGCUGAAUUUGGGCGUUAAUUAACUGAACAGGGGGAAGCGAAUGUUUAGAUCACUGUAGUUUGAGUGGCGAAAUCUAUGGAUAGUCUGGAGACUUUCUAAUUGCUCAUCGUAUUCAGAGAGAACCAACGUAGAACCUCACACAGUGCAUUAGUCCAAGUUGCCACACUUCACAAUAGUAUGCGAAGAACAGGUGGACAAAAAGUGAUGUCACGGUACGCAGAGAUGUUUGAGAAAAGGAACCAUGUAAUGGUAACAGUUAGUGCAAAUAUUCAGCUUUAGAUGUGAAGAAGUAUAUACAUCUGCACCAAUGUGGUCGAUUUUCAGCCACGUUACUAAGAGUCCUCAACCGCUGAUUCCUAUUAUCUCAGGAACCUCCGCCAGGUAGUUAACAUCUCGUCACAUCGCUCAGAGCAACAUUCAGAGACUUUGGGAACUAGUACCACGUAUGGAUCUGGUCACCAUGAACUCUCAACUUAAUCCAAUCUUCCUUGGCAUGGCAUGUUGAGGUAAGCGGUGGAUCACCACGUGCAGUGGACGUUCAAGUUACCUCAACAAUCAAUUUUUAUUAUUGUAUAGCUCAGAUUAAGUGCUUCUUACUAACUCCACUCAUCUUACGACUCAUGGUUGCGAAAUAAUUGCAUGUUUAAUGAAACUGAUCGUUGUGUUUUACACUAGUUUCUCUGUGUGAAACCAGUUUUUCCCUUUUCAUGUGUUCUUGAAAUCUAAUAGUUAAAUGUAUGUAUAAUUGAAAUCGCAUGAAAAUAAGGACAACGAAUUGGGUUUUUUUCUGUUGUAAGAAGAAAAGAGACGAAAGACUGAAACCUGAAGGUUUGCAAAUAUUUUGUCUUGCACUUAGGUCAGUCGGCCAUUCGUGGGUCUGUGUAAAGCGUAGUAAGUGUAGCAGUAUUACAAUAAGUGAGGCGGGCAGGAAGUGAGUCGUGAUUAGAUCAGGGUUAUAUAGUUUGAAGUUAUUUUUUCAAGCACAUGAUAUUGAUAUGCGUAUCGGAGACAUGAUACUCAUUUAUCACUUCAGAUUUCGGAGUUUUAGCGCACUAUGUUUAUUAUCCGAUUUCACAUGGUAUCGAACGUUGAAAGCUUUUAUGGUUUCCGGAGACUUAGCAUGGUGUUUCGCUGGCCUAAAUCUUAAGCAUUGUCGUAGGGUGAGAAAUUGAGGAAGCUGCAGGAGGCGUAAUAGUGGUAUGCGAAGUAAAGACAAAGUGAGACGAAGGUAAGGUAGGUGUUAUUGUUGGGUGAGGCUAAAAGUUAUCCUCAGGAGUUAUCGGGCCUGUCCUAGAGUGUAUCGUUUUUGUGAAGAUGCACAUAUUUUAUGUGUUCUGUAUGAAAAUUUUACAUAUUUGUUGUUUUUACAGUGUUGUUUAUCAUCGAAUCGUGUUUCAUGCCGUUUAUUCAUAUGCGAAGUAUUGGCUACACUUCCUUUUCUUAGGCGAAAAGUAAGUAUAGCUAUUCAGUAUGAAUGAUGCUAACAGAUCAUAGUGAGUAAGUUGAGGCUUCAAAUUAUAACAAUUGCAGUGUUCACCUCAGAAUAUAUGCAUACCGAACACAGAAAACGCAUUUUCACAUAAAACGCUAUAACACCUGAGGAUAACUUUUAGCCUCACUCUUUAUUGUUAGUUUUUGCUUAUGUUGCUGGUGUGGUGGUUGCUGCUAUCCAGUGCUGACAUAGAAAAAGUCGUUUCUGUGAGUUGCCUGUGAAAGAAAAUGGAUUACUUUUGCGUCGCAGAAGAGCCGACUGUUUUCAGCUCCUCACCUCUUCCUCUAAGGAGAACAGCACCAGCAAUAAACUGAUGGCCAUGCAAGGGAAACACCUAGCUACCGUCACACCUCAUCCAGCCAGCGGUAUGCCCUCGCUAUCGAACCCCCAUUAUAGCGUAGUCUAUAGACACUUUAGUGGCGACUGCUUUUUUCUCACUACUAUUCAACAGACCUUUCUGGUAUAGUUGUACCUGGGGACGAACAGAUAUUCCUACCCGUAUAGCCCUGUGUCAUUGUCACAGAAAAACCUAACCACUAGGUCAAGUUAGCAGCUGUAUUUAUGGUGACAGAUUUCUCAAAAAUCAUUCGUAUGUGUUCGGUUAUCAUUCUAUUGAGUGGGUUGUUUUACCACUUAGUUACUGAAGAUGUUUCUUAAGAUGCGCAUACUCCAAUCCUUUAAAUAGAUGGAUUCACGCGUUGCAAUGCUUAUCAUCCAGGUCCUUAAAUACGUGUAGAGAACUUAGUUUGAAAUGCAUUGCGCUUUCAACUUCUCAUGCUUGGCUAAGGAACUCCAUAAGAAAACGUCUUAUAAAUUGAAGUUUUUAGAGUGAUUUGUCAUAUAAUUGUGUCCCUAAUAGGCAGCAAAAAUAAUGUAGUCAUGCAUAUCUGUACGUAAAAUUUCAACUGUUUAUGUGAAACUUUAUCAAAUACAAAAGGUUGAUUUUUUAGAAACCACGAUGAGUUUAAACUUUACGGAUGAUGAAUUAGUCAAUAUGACAACCUCUGACCUUCGACUGUUAUUAGAGCAAAAUCGUGUAACAAUUGAGGAACACAAAGAACUUCGGAAUCGUAGACGCCGCUUGCAAAAUAGAAGAUAUGCUCGCAAGUGUGCCAGCAAAAAACAAUCUGAAGUGGAAAGACUAACUUCAGAGGUUGAAGAAGAAGUUGUUGAGAUCCAAG